AUGCUCGCGUCCCGGCUUGUGCUCGCGGCCCAGCUGCUCGCUUCGGCGCAGGUGGUCCUCGCCUUCCGGGUGAAUCUGAGCGACAGCGGUCAAAUCCGGGCAACCCUAGAGACUUCCGACCUCAUGGAGAACGUCUCCGGAUACGCGGCGCAGAUCUCCGGCGAAGCUCGGCCGACCGUGAUCCCGUUCCGGGGGCCCGGCGAGCCCUUGCUGUUCGACGCCUCCGUCCACGGUCUGUGCUACAGCGUGGGCCUGCUGCUCCGGCGAGGGACGCUGUGGUCCGGACCCGUUAAGACCACGCUCGUCCUGACCAAGCCGCUCGCUGUGAGCGGCGUGCAGAUUUCCGACUACAAGGAAUCCCCAGAGACCGGCGUGGUGUUUGACAUCCAAACACCGAGCGGAAGCAUUUUCAGUCGAGUCAACAUCAGCUACAGCGAAGGGAGCGAGAGGCACUUCAUGCUGUACAAAGACUUCCACAAGGGCAAGACGGUGUUCAAGCACUGGUUACCGGGCGUGUGCUACCGCAACAUCACUUUCCAGCUCAUUUCCGAGGCCAGCGUCUCCCAGGUGGCCCUAAAGACUCAGAGCGACGUCACUCACGUGCCGGUUCAUUACAGGACGGUGCCGUAUCCCCCCGUCGGCAUCUCCUGGAAGAUCGUAGACUUGAGCCAAAGCCCGACGCAGGAAAGCCGACGGUCCGGCCGACGUUCCCGUAACGUCCCGCCGACGGACGAGGAUCUGGCCGAGCCGGCGGCCCGCGCCGAGGAAGCGUCGCGCAACCGGAGCGCCGCCGCCCAACUCGCGUUCGACGGAGAGGACGAGUUCGUCAACGGCGAGGCGCGCGAGUACGAGGACUCCGGCGACGCGGGGUCGGCGACGGGUCUGCCCGCCGAGUCUCGGGUCCAGCCGGCGAAGAUGCCCCCCGUCUUGCUGGAGGUGCGAUGGCUGCCCCCGCGAGCGCCCACCAGCUACGAUGGUUUCAAUGUCUACGUCUGCCGAGACGGUAACGCGACGCAAAUGGCCAGCGUGGACGAGAGCACUCGCGAGUUCUUCGCCGAGCUGACCGAGGCGGGAACUUACGGCGUCGAGGUCGCCACGCUCAGCGCGGCGGGAGAAUGCGAGGCCAGAGAGAGCGCCGCGGACGCCGGCUUCUCCUUCUACCUCGGACCCGACGGCCAGGUCCUGACCGAGCCGCGGCAGCGGCCCCGCGCCGUCACGGUGCACUUGCUGGACUCCGGCACGGCGGCCGUGUCUUGGGCGCCGUCCUCGGAGAACCGCGACGGCAGCGUCGUGUCGGUGGUUUCCACCACCUGCCUGAAGCCCGGCCCGAGCCAGAGGAUGGAGAGCAACUACUGCGGCGAGGAGAAUUCAACCAGCGACAUCAUCUACAACCUGACGCCCGGGGCUCAGUACCGCGUGGUGGUCUACCACACUAACGGACCUCUCGUCAGCCCUCCCUCAGAGCCGGUCAUCGUGGAUAUUGAGCCCACGGGCGUCCGAGAGCUGACCGUGUACCCGCUGGGCCCCACGGCCGUCAUCCUGAGCUGGCAGCGUCCCUAUCACGUGGCCUUCCGCAAGUACGUCCUCCAGACCUUCUUUUUCAACCCCGUCACCCUGAGCUCCGAGUGGACCACCUACUACGAGAUCGCCGCCACCGCCUCGGUCAUCGCCUCCGUGAGAGUGACGGAUCUGCUGCCGGCUUGGUACUAUAACUUCCGCGUGACCAUGGUGACGUGGGGCGAGCCGCCGCUGAGUUGCUGCGACGGAUCCGCCGUCAGCUUCGUCACAGCUCCCGAGGCGCCUCACAUCUCCUCGGCGGAUUACUCCCACGGGGUCCUGUUUGUUCGCUGGACCUACGGGGAAGUCUUCGUGGACUUGUCGCAUUCCAGGAUCACGCACUGGCAGGUGUCGGCGGUCGGCAAGAAAGGCCCCGAGAGGAGCUACUCGGUGGACGUGACCCGAAACGCCAUGCGCGCCGGCCUGCCUCUGCCGCCCGGCGACAUCUACAACCUGACGGUGACGGCUUGCACGGAGCACGGCCGGAACGCGUCCGUCCCGAGCGUCGUCAAACUGGAACCGGCUCCGCCCAAGUCGGUGUACGCCGUCAACGCCACGCACUCGUCGGUGACGCUGCUGUGGAGCGAGGACGGCGUGGCGGACCAUUACCAGGUGCUGUGCAAACCCAGCGCCGGCGGCGAGGAAGCCAAGGUCCGAGAGCCUCUGCUGUCCGGCUCGCGCGUGCUGACCGUUUCCGGCCUGACGCCGUCGUCCAGCUACAACUGCAGCGUCGUCAGCUUCAGCUACGGCACGCCCAGCGAGCCGGCCCACGUCACCGUCACCACCGCCGCCAAAGAGAUGAACCCCGGCGUGGCGGCCAUCUCGGCUUUGGCCGUCCUGAGCGUCUCGCUGUUCGGCCUGCUGGUUCUCUUCCUGCUCCUUCUUCGCAAAAAGCACUCGCAGAUAAGCAGGGAGUGCGGCGCCGAGACGUUUGUCAAUUUCGCCUCCUUCGAAAGAGACGGGAAGCUGCCUUACAACUGGCGAAGAAGCCUCUUUGCCUUCCUUACCCUUCUGCCAUCCUGCCUUUGGACUGACUAUCUUUUGGCUUUUUAUAUUAAUCCCUGGGGCAAGACGGCUUUAAAGAAACGAAAACUGACAAGUCCCGUCCAGCUGGACGACUUUGAGGCUUACUUCAAGGAGAUGAGCAAAGAUUCGGCCUACAAGUUCUCGCUGCAGUUUGAGGAGCUGAAGAGCGUCGGGACGGACCUCUCGCACGACGCGGCAGACCUACCCGUCAACAGACCCAAGAACCGAUACACCAACAUCCUGCCGUACGACUUCAGUCGGGUGCGCCUGAUCUCCUUGCACGACGACGAAGGCGCCGACUACAUCAACGCCAACUACAUCCCCGGUUACAAACACCCCAAAGAGUACAUCGCCACGCAGGGCCCGCUGCCGGAGACGCGCGACGACUUUUGGAAGAUGGUCCUUCAGCAGAAGUCGCCCAUCGUGGUCAUGCUGACGCAGUGCAACGAGCGGCGGAGGGUCAAGUGCGACCACUACUGGCCGUUCGGCGACGAGCCCGUCACGUACGGCGAGAUCAGCGUGGAGAUGCUGUCGGAAAACGAGGCGCCCGAGUGGACCGUCAGGAAGUUCAGGCUGGGAUACGCGGACGAGAGCCGGGACGUCGUGCACUUCAACUACACGUCGUGGCCCGACCACGGCGUGCCCACCGUCAACGCCAUCGAGAGCAUCCUGCACUUCGUCCGCAUGGUGCGGCAGCAGGCCGACGGGACCAAGGAGCCCGUCGUGGUCCACUGCAGCGCGGGCGUAGGUCGGACGGGCACCUUCGUGGCGCUGGACCGCCUGAUGCAGCACAUCCGGGAGCACGAGUUCGCCGACGUCCUGGGCCUGGUGUCGGAGAUGCGCUCGCACCGCCUGUCCAUGGUGCAGACGGAGGAGCAGUACGUCUUCAUCCACCAGUGCGUCCUGCUCAUGUGGCAGAAGAAGCGGCGGCACUCGCCGGCCUCCGACGUGGUCUUCGAGAACGCCGGCAAGACAUAG